AUGGAUGAAAAUAAAGAUAACUUAGACAACAAAGAAAGAAGACUUUCACCAAUGGAAUUUUUCUAUUACAAUUUAUAUCUUAAAAAUCCAGACAGUAAAGCACUGAUGAUAUCAAAAGAAGUGCACUUCCAUGAUCUGGUACUACUUCCGGAAGAAGUCGUGGAAUUAUUGAAGUUGAUUCUCUCCCUUCAUCCAAUUGGUCACACCGGCUUCGAGACAUUUAAAGAAAAAGAUACAAAUGAUACAUUGGUUGGAAGGAAAAUUUUGGAUAUCAAAGAAGCUUUGGAUUGUCAUGUCAUUCUGAACCUGAAAGAUACAACUAUGUUUCACUCUGCACCAAUUAGAACAUUUGAUUUGAAAACACGAGCUCCUGUCAAAUUUGCAUUUUCUGUCGAACCAUACUUGGUUGUUCGUUUUAUUUUUCAUAGAAUUGGUUUCGAUUACAAAGCUGUUGAAAUUUUUGUAAGGAACUUUAUUUCCAUCCUUAAAAGACUUGGUUUGAAGAAAGAAGUUCCCGAAUUUAAUUGCCUUCAUUCUAGACAACCAUUUUACGAUUUGGAUCGUUACUUAACGUCCAAUUUCGCACCACUUUCUGAAUUUUGGAGUAAAAAGCUAAAGAAAGGAAUAACUAAAGCAUCCUUCGCUGAUAUCACUAUCAAACCUAUACUUAAAAAGUCCGGUGAACUAUUUCAUUAUUCAUAUCUCUCAUUUACAAAAUUCACCAGUGGAAAGAUAAUAAAUAUGGCAGCUCAGAAGAACAUCUCGUUGAUAGGUCUCAUUAUCUCAGUUUAUCAACUUAUGUUAUCUUUUCACUCCAAAUCAAAAUAUGUCACCAUUCUGACUGAAACAGACCUCAGAAAGAAAAUUACAGGAGCUGACAAUUUGGUGGAGUCUAUGACAAACCUUGUACCAUUAACUGCUAAGAUACCAAUCAAGAACGACCAGAUCGUGGAAAAGUUUUUGGUUGAAAAUGAAGUUCUAAUACAAGAAUGUAUAUCAAUGUCCGCAUUUCCUUUUACAGCCAUUUGUGACAUUCUUAAAAAAUCUGACCGCAAGAAUGUCAUGCGACAUAAGGUGGUUCAAAGGAUUCCAGAAGGAAAAACCGACAAGGUUAUAUCAGAGGGAAAAAUUAGAGAUGUUGGAAUGUUUCAUGAAACUUCAUUAGAAUGUCUCUUUGACAAACACAGAACUAUUUUGUAUCUUCAGCUGCAAGCAUCCACUGACACAUACUCUCAAACUGAUGCCAAUGCUAUAUUAGAAAACUUGGCAAAGGUCCUGAGACUCAUCAGUGGCAGGUCGGACAUCGGUAUCAAUCAACUAAGGAACCAUAUUCUUCAAAAUAAGGAAUUUAUUGAUCUUUUUGAUUUCUUCAUAAAAGUAGGGGUAGAUGGACGCCGUGACGAAGUAUUGAUAUCAUUAACUGAAGACGAGGGUCAAAAUCAUUCGGUAUUAAAAUGGUCCAUGAGUGGGAAGAAAGAAGUUAAUACCAUAGAUCUGAAAACCAUAUCCAAUGUUCAUUUUAUUAAUGAUUUCAAUUCUGAUGCUAAAGAGUUAUGGAUGAAAACGAAAGAUGGUGUUGAAUAUAAAUUUAUAUUCAUGAAUGAUGAUCAUAUUGACGACUGGAUAGAACGAUUAGAACUAAUAUUAAACUUUCAAAUAUUGCACGUAUAA